AUGUCCACCUCAACGCUGGACAAGACCGCCAUCGACUAUUCGGUCUACCUCGUCACGGGCCGAGAGCUGCUCCCGCCAGGCGUCGACUACUAUGCAUCGCUCGAGCUGUGCCUAUCCCAAAACAAUGUCACCCUCGUUCAGAUCCGCGAAAAGGAUACCGAGACGGACGAGUUCCUCGAAAUCGCACGCAGGUCGCUCGAGAUCUGCGACAGGUACAACGUGCCCAUGCUGAUCAACGACAAUCUCUCCGUGUGCUUGUCACUGCCUGAGCGCGUCGGGUUGCACAUCGGCCAGGAAGACAUCCCUGUUGCUGAAGCUCGAAGGAUUCUGGGCGACAAGCGGCUCUUGGGUAUUUCCGUAAAAACAGUGGAACAGGCACGGGUGGCGAGGGAGGAAGGCAAGGCGGAUUAUGCCGGUGUAGGCCCGUGUUAUGGCACGUUGAGUAAAGCCGGGAUUACAGAGGACAAAGUGAUUGGCUGCAGUGGGGCGCAGCGCAUCGUCGCGGAGCUGAACAAGGAUGGCAAGCGGUUGCCGUGUGUUCUCAUCGGUGGUCUGAACCAAAAGACGGCAGGGAGGACACUGUUUGGUACAACGAGCGAGACGAAUGCUCCCGAUGGCAUUGCGGUCAUCUCGGCCAUCAUGGCACGUACCGACUCAGACAUCGCCGCCAAGGAGCUCGCCGAAACGGUUCGCAGCUUCAAAGCCGGCCUCACAGCUUCCACCAGCACUUCUGCAUCCUCCUCUCACGGCAUCGCGUCCGCCUUCGCUUUGCCCUCUUCUCCCUCAGGAGACGUCGAGUGGUACAAAACAUCCGCAGCCAACCUGCUCGCCUUCCACCGCGAAGCAGAGCACGGCCCACCGCUGAUCCAGACCAUCACCUCGCACGUCUCGUCCACCAUGUCCGCCAACCUUGCGCUUGCCUUCUCCUCGUCCCCCAUCAUGUCGCACGAAGCUGCCGAGGCCGCAGAUCUCAGCCUGGCCAUCGGCGCACUCGUGCUCAACAUCGGCACCAUCUCCCCGGCCUCGCGCGAGGGCAUGCACGUCGCCGGAACCUCGGCGAAUCGCAACCUCAAACCCAUCGUGCUCGAUCCCGUCGGCGGAGGAGCAACCCAGUUUCGCAAGGACGUGGUAAGGGGGAUCCUCAACCAUACGCAGGUGACGCUGUUGAAGGGCAAUGCGGCGGAGCUGGCGAGCAUCGCGGGCAAGGCGGACGAGGUCAAGAGCAGAGGCGUCGAUUCAGGCUCUGGUUCGCUCAAAGAUCCUGUGGCUCUGGUGAAGGAUUUGGCGCAGAAGGAGAGGUGUCUGGUGCUGCUGUCGGGGAAGAAGGAUUAUCUGACCGAUGGAAGGACGGUGAUCACGAGCGAUAAUGGUCAUCCGCUGCUCGGGGCGAUUACCGGCUCCGGCUGUGCUUUGGGUGUCACUGUAGGCGCAGGUCUAGCGGCCGCCUGCAAUCUGGCCAAGACGCAAGGAAGCACUGCCAAGGGUGUCUCGUUGGGUAACACCCUUGUUGCACACGGAAGCGUCGAUCUACUCGUCGGAGCGUUGACGGGACUGUUGGCCAUGACGAUUGCCAGCGAGAAAGCCGCAAAGAGGGACGACGUCAAGGGUCCAGGAACGUUCAUUCCCGCUCUGCAGGACGAGCUGGCUGCCGUUUCUGCCCAGGACAUCUUGCAAUUGGCAAAGAUCGAAAUAGUUGCCUCCUAG